AAAUCGACUGACAUUUAAAUAAUUAUUGACAUAAACGUCAGUGAGAAAGUUGGUAGUAUUUGUCAAGCUUGUAUGAUAUAAAAAUUCUAUGAUCGCUUAGAUUAUUGAUUUCUAAAUAUAUAACAUAUGUUUUAAGAAGAUAAUAUUUAAAAUUAUUUGGAAAUGGCAGACACUGAUCCACAAUUAAAACGGCUUUUACUUCCAGCAGAAGAAACUUUAUUUGAACAAUUAUUAAGAUUUGGACUAUAUAUUGGUGCAAUAUUCCAAGUUAUAUGUUUAUUGGCAAUAAUAGUUUAUCAAGUAGGCCCUUCUGAUGGUAUAGGUGCUUUGAAGGAUGAUCCAAGUGAUGUUGAAUGCUCAGAAAAUAGUCCUCAGGUUACCCCAAGAAGACCUCAUAGACCACGAAAACAAGAAAAAAAGAAAAGACGUUGAAUUGUUUUCUUGUUUAUAUGAAAAAUAUAUUAUUUAAUAAUUUUAAAAACUAAUAUUAAAUAUUAAAUGCUAUUUGUAUAAUUUAUUAUUUAGA